GAUCAGACCUCUCAUUACUGUGCUGCAGUUUAAAAUCAGGAACCUUCAGUGAAAGUGAUGGUGCUACCCUGGUAUGUGGGACCCCAGAGGAUGUCAUAUAUCAGAAAACCCAUUACACCGCCGGCACUCAGAGAAGAAACUGAAAAUGCCUGUGCAGCAAUAUCAGGGGCCACGGUCACCCAAGCAGCAGCUCGCCGUGCUAAUAAACGUCUGGAAGCUCAUGGCCACCACUCAGCACCUCCUGUCAUUGUAGAGGCCAAGAGCGAGUGCUGAAUGGCACCUGGCACCUGGCACCUGGCGGGAGAGGGCCCCCCCCAUGUGGAAGGCAUCACAGCUCCGCUGUGCUCAGAGAGCCCCAGCCCUGGGUGUGUCCCCUACAAUGGCCACCACUGCUUCCCCUGUCCCCCUCAGCACCGAGGAUGCUACUGCUGAGAAUAGCACCUCCUACUACGACUAUGACUACCUGGACUCGGCGGUGUUCCUGGUGUGCAGGAAGGAUGAUGUCCAGUCCUUUCGCCUUGUCUUCCUGCCAGUCUUCUACAGCCUGGUCUUCGGGCUGGGCCUGGGAGGGAACCUGCUGUUGCUUGUGGUCUUGCUCUGCUAUGUGCCCCACCGGCGGAUGACAGAGGUCUACCUGCUGAACCUGGCCAUCUCCAACCUCCUCUUUGUGGUGACUUUGCCCUUCUGGGCCAUCUCUGUGGUCUGGCAUUGGGUCUUCGGCAGUUUCCUGUGCAAGGUGGUGAGCACCCUCUACACCAUCAACAUCUAUAGCGGCAUCUUCUUCAUCAGCUGCAUGAGCCUGGACAGGUACCUGGAGAUCGUUCACGCUCAGCCCCUGCACAGGCUGAGGACCCGAGCCAAGAGCCGGCUCCUUGCUGCCCUGGUGUGGGCCAUGGCGCUGGCUGUCUCUGUCCCCGAGAUGGUCUUUGUGAGAGUACAUGAGGACCCUCAGGGAGAGUGGAGCUGCCACCCAGAUUUCGGGGGGCAUGGGGCUAACUGGAAGCUCUUCCUCCGCUUCCAGCUGAACGUGCUAGGUUUCCUCCUUCCCCUCUUGGCCAUGAUCUUCUUCUAUGCCCGCAUCCGCUGUGUCCUGGUCAGGCUGCAGCCCCGGGGCCGGGGCCGGGCGCUGAGGAUAGCGGUGACCCUGGUGGUGGCCUUCUUCACCUUCUGGUUUCCAUACAACCUCACCUUGUUCCUGUACUCGCUGCUGGACCUGCAGGUCCUUUGGGACUGCCAGAUCAGCCGGCACCUGGACUAUGCCAUGCAGGUGACUGAGAGCCUGGCCUUCCUCCACUGCUGCGUCACCCCCGUCCUCUACGCCUUUUCCAGCCACCGCUUCCGCCAGUGCCUGAAGGCUCUGCUGGUCACUGUGCUCCGAGGGUGCCUGGCGCCUGGCUUCACCCAGGCUUCACUGUCCAGGGGAUCUGAGAGCAGCAGUCUCACCACACAAGAGGACGUGACCGGCCUGAACGAACUGGCAGAGGGGCAGGCUGAGGGCUCCCUGAACCAGGAGGACAUGGGGAGUAACUGAGGCCAGGCCAUGCCAGCCUGGUGCAGGCCGAGGACACCGCUCGCGUGGGCUUCCGCCCAGAGCACCCUUCCUUGGGCCCCCAGUGGCCAAUCCUCAGCUUUCCGUGGCUUCUUCCCUUGGGCCUGGGGCCCCCCUGCACCCACCUGCGUGGCUGUCCCUGAGGCGUGCCAGCGGCUACAGCGAGUGCGGCACCCUUGGCCAUCUCACUGUCCUCCCGCCAAGUGACAGCCCGGGUCCCUGUGGAGAUCCUCCGAGGGCUCCUGGAACACCUGCCCCCCAGCCGGGCCACAACCCCCUCCUGCCUGUGCUGCUGGGACAUCCUUUCGUCUGAGCUGUUUCUCGGGACCCAGGCUCGUUCCCCAGGGAUUCCAGCAGUGCCCCUGUCCUGGCUGCUGUCCCAGGGAAGUGUGGCCUCUCCCUCUCCCCCUAGGCCUUGCCUCAGACGUCUCCUCUGUGAGAUGCCUGCAUCUGCCCUAUCGACACCCACCUCGCUGCCUCUGUCGUGUCUCUCCUUCUUCCUCUGCUUUGCUUCUCUGGACCUCUUAUCUCUUUCUUGUCUCGUGUUUCUCCCUGCUGUCCCCAGCCCCCAUUCCAGGUGAGCUCCAGGGCCAAGCACUGCACCUGGGAAGCCCUGGGAUGGCGCAGCUGGAUCUCUCUGCCCUGUGCUUGGGUGGAAGCUGGGCAGAACCAGGACUGAGAGCAGGACGGUUCGGAUCGGUGUCCCCAUGUGCCCAGGGUCAAGGGUCUGGUCCCCAGGAUGGCAUUAGCAGAAGCGGAGCAGCCAGUACCAGACAUCAAACUCAGGACUUUGCAUUUGCCAGGUCUCGUCACAAAUGUGGUGACUUAACUUCCCUUAACUUCUGUCCUGGGGUGCCCACACCUGCCUCCUCUUCCUGCUGCUGUCGUUGAGGAACGGUGAGGGGAAUCCCAGCCUCCCAGGCUGCACGUGACUCAGUGGACUGCAGCAGAUGCCAUCACAUGUGAGCAGCCAAGUCCAGAGAAGCAGCGAUGAGGCCUGGGUCACACAGAUCCUUGGGGACGGACUCCUGCCCCUGAGCGAACCCCACCCACUAAGAGCCUGCCAUCCUGACGACGCCCAGCCCAGAACAGACACCCGGGAGGAAGGAAGAGCUGUCUGAGUGCUGACGGGAUGGAGCCUUGUUACCGUCCUGUCUGCUUCUGGCUCCUACACAGUCAGAGGCCUAGAAGAGUCCCUGCACAGCUGCUUUGGAAAUCUCACCCCAAAAGGAAGCAGUGUGGAUGCUGCCCUGGGAAGAGGUGCAGUUGGACAGGUGCUCCCUUUACUAAAGGUGAGUGUGAAUGAAGAGUCUGAAGGGCCCCAGACCUUCGGGGCUGAGGGCUGUGCCAGCUGAGGCCAACUGCCCUGCCUGACCCCUUCCUCCACUGGGAAGGCGCAGUCUGAGCAUCAGGAGAUGGCGCCGGUGACAGGAACCUGAACCAGUCACUGUGGGCCCACAAGGACCUCUGAGCUCUGCUCAGGGUGAGCUCAGGACUUUCUCUCUCAGCUGCCCUGCUGUCAUGGAGGUGAGCUGCCCAUCAACCAGGGUCCUUCUGUGAGGAGGGUCUGUUUGUGGUGAUGCCAUUCCCCGCCCAGAGGCAUCGAGGGAGAAAGCUGCAACUCCGACCCCCAGCUCUAGCUGAGCAGCCUUGCGUGGUUACAGUAAGUGUGCUCCAUGCCGGCCUGAAGCAGCCCCCACAGCCCUCAAGUCGUUCUUUAGCUCUGUCACCUGGAGAUGGAGCAGAGAGGGACCCUGGUCCAUAGCCCUCCUGUUGAGCUUCCUUUUUCUGUCAGAGAGCUGGAAGCUUCCCCAGUCUGCCUCCAGGAAGCCCUCCUCCAAUGCAGGCAGAAUUUAGCAACGCCAACUUUCCCUCAGUAUUCAUUCAUCAACUGUGGGCCACAUCCACCAAGCUGUAAUUUCCCCCUACGCCUGAAUGGAUGGGGUGUCAUUUUAUAUUUACUGCAUUUCAUGUUGUUGGUAUUAGGAAUAGAACUCGGUGCCUUUGCAGAGCUACAUCCACAGUCUUUUUCUCACUUUUAUUUUGAAGCAGUCUUGCUAAGGGUCUUCGUUGCCCAGGCUGGGCUCCAUCUUGGAUCCUCCUACCUCAGCCUAAAGGUGUGAGCCAGCACUCUAGGUUUACAUUCAUACUCAACCUUGCUUCCUUCCUUCCUUUUUUUCCUUCCUCAUCCCCGGGGAGGUCCCAUCCAGCAGUGCAGUGCCCUCAAGUUCACUGGGAUCCAGAGGCAGGAACUCGGCCCUGUUGCAGUGAGACGCAGCCCUGCACUGUGGGCCUCUGGGGUUCAAUUUAGGACAGGGCUGGAAGGCAUCGCCCCAAAGACCAGAAGACUUUAACUAGCGUUGGGUUCCCUGCUGCACAAGCUGGGAGAACUGGAAGCCGCGCCGCUCGAUGACUACGGGAGGACGCUAGAGGGCUGGGGCUGAGGGGAGACAAGGCUGUCCCAGAACCAGGAACCCAGGGACAGGGCAGGGACAGGGUCAGCGCAGAUGCAGAGGCUGAAAAGGGGAUUCCCGCAAGGUCUUUGCCGGGCGGAUACGGUCUGGUCCCUGGCCAUCCGCGCCUGUCUGUCCUUCGCGUCCUGGAUCUGUACUCCUCUGCGAGAACCAGAGAGCAGAGGGGGCUUCACAAGCGCUGGAGGAGGUCAGAGUCACCAACGAAGCGUGGGUACAGCCUAGAGCGGCUAGCACCGGAAACAGUCUGGCGCACUUCCGGCCGCGCAGACUACUGCGCUACAGUACAGCUGAGGGGUCUUUGUCGGGGCAAGCGUUCUCUAGAGAACUUCGAGUCGAGCUGUUUCUCUGUCUGCGGAGUCAUGGUAAGGGAGCACGUGCAGUGCUUUACUUUUCCUCCUGCCUUUGGUAUUUGUGGCUUUCCCAGCCAGGCCGCAGUUUUGUUAACCUGAGAUGUGGUGGGGGCCGCUUCCUCCUGCAGCGUGGGCCUGGCCUCCUUUCCUGCUGGCCCGAUUGGCACAUUCUAUGAUGAGAGGCAGAUUCAUUCA